UGGUUUGUUUUGUUUUGGUAGGACUUUACAGUUUAUUUGAAUGAUUUUUGCUGCCCAAAAAUGCCCAUAAACUUUAAUAUUGGCCUGCUUGGACAUGUGGAUAGCGGAAAGACCACUUUGGCCAAGGCUUUGAGUUCGAUUUCCAGCACGGCAGCCUUCGACAAAAAUCCCCAGUCACAAGAGCGCGGAAUCACAUUGGACUUAGGCUUCAGUGGACUUUUGGUAUAUGAUUCUACGAGUUUUCCUGAUGGCGAGCAACUUCAGUUCACCUUUGUGGACUGUCCCGGCCAUGCAAGUCUCAUACGCACUAUCAUAGGAGGAGCCCAGAUCAUUGAUCUCAUGCUGCUCGUGGUAGACGUCCAAAAAGGAAUCCAAACACAGACGGCAGAGUGCCUGAUUAUCGGCGAGUUGUUGCAGAAAAAGUUGAUUGUGGUAAUCAAUAAAGUAGAUGCUUAUCCAGCGGAUCAAAGGGAGUCAAAGCUGGAGAAGCUCCGCUUCCGUCUUUCCAAGACUUUGGCAGACACCAGGUUUGGUGGCAAGGUGCCUAUCUAUGCAGUGUCUGCUCUAGAAGGAACCGGCAUCUCGGAGUUACGAAACGGACUGAAAGAGGCCUUUUUCCAGCCGGAAAGAAACGUUACUGAUCCAUUGCUGAUGUACGUCGAUCACUGUUUUGGAAUAAAAGGUCAGGGUACCGUCUGCACGGGCACCAUCCUCCAGGGAAAAGUUCAGGUGAACGAUGUGAUAGAGCUGCCAGCCCUUGGCGAGCAAAGAAAAGUGAAGUCAAUGCAAAUGUUCCGCCAGAACGUGAGCAGCGCCUCAAUGGGAGAUCGAAUUGGGCUCUGUAUGACCCAGUUCAAUGCCAAGCUGAUGGAACGCGGUGUAAUUGCCCAGCCAGGAUACCUGAAACCCAUAUACGUCGUGUGCCUGCAGCUGAAACCGAUACGCUACUACAAACAGGCCAUCAAAUCCAAGAGCAAACUACACAUCUCAGUGGGACAUGACACUGUAAUGGCAAUGGUGACUUUGUUUAGGGAUGAGAACAACCUAUCACCCAAGUUUCAACUAGACAAAGAGUACGAGUAUGUAAAGGAAGUUCAGCCUGCUGAGAUGCAAUCCACUGAAGUGAUCUUCGUCCUGCUACAGUUUGAAACCCCUGUACUAAUGCCUCCAAAUUCAACACUGAUUGCCUCCAAACUGGACAUGGAUGUCCAUAGUAGUAGCUGCCGGUUGGCCUUUUGGGGGCGCAUCGCGUGGCUGACGCAGAACUCCAACUUCAUCCAAGAGGAGCUGCCAAAACUAAACAUCUUCAAGCGGAAACAGAAAGUCGGAAGUAUUCAGCGAGUGGUGAAUGCCAACGAAGUGAUUGUUCAAAAUCUUUUCAAGAAAGAGGCCAAACGUGAGCUGUACGUGGGCAAGUUGGUGGAACUGUCGACCGGGCAAAAAGGUCGCAUUGAUCGUAAAUUUGGACAGACCUCAAAAGUGGCAAUUACUUUACAGAAUGCCCUGUCGCCCGAAACAAUAACCAACGUCAAAAAUGUACAGGUUUUACUUAACUGUAAGAAGUAUGUAUUCAAUAAACAGGCGGGUCUGUUUCAAUAACUGGAGUGGUACUUU